AGGUACUCUUGCUUUUCCAAUGCCAGCAGUCUUUUUGUGCUCAAAGACACCCCAAUGUCGCAACGAUCAAUGGAGGCAAACCUGGAAUUCAGAUCUGUGCUGAAGUUCAACAAUGACAUGGACAGCAUGAUUCCAAGCCGGACAUAAUGCCGCAGCUCGCCGUCCGCCCGAUGUUGUUGGUUGGACACCCAGGAGUGAUUUCAAAAGUGCUGAAUUGCUCUGCCUGUGAGACGAGGAGAAAAUGCUGGUCUAGCUGGCUGUUGAAGGAUCGGGCUGAGGCGCUGCGCUUCCGGGGUUGGCAUCUGGCGAGACUCUCUGGUGGAGGAUUUCAGCAGAGGCAGGACCGUUCAGAUGUACUGCGGUGUUCGAUUCCGGCAGAAGGGAAGAACCGCAAAGGGGGCACCCAGCGCAUCGGCAGCGAAACGCGGGGGGGAAAGAAGAGAAAGAAGCAUCGCGAGAGCGGCGGUGUCAAUGGGGAGGGCGGCACGGUAGUCACCAGCGCGCUGAGGCAAUUGCCGCUUGAUUUGACACUGCAGCAAGAGAAUGGGUCAGCUCUAGGGGCGAAGCAAGGAGGGGGAACAAAACCAAGUGAAAGUGCAACAGAGGACGGGGGUCCUCAGGCUCUGAACGGAAAGUUUGGAAAGUGGUUGUACCCAGCAAUUGCAGGAUUGGCGGUGGCUGGGGUGGCUUGGGUGGCGGCGCCACAGGCGCUGGAGCUUUUGGCGGCAAGCAAUCAUCAAACAAAGCCAUCUCUCGGGGUGGAGUAUGAGUGGACGCCGGGGGAUGGGAGCGUUGAGCGCAUCCUGGCGCGAGAGUUGGCCAAAAGGUUCCACGAAAUGCCGCCUGACGAGCUGGCAACGGUGCUCAAGUCCCUCAUGGACGCGCGCACUCUACCCUCUCCCGACCCAAUGGCCCAUUCCGAACACCCUAGUCUCCUGGGGGAGAAAACAGAACAAGUGCCUAGAAAGGCAGUUGAAACGCAGGAGAGCCCCGCUCGUCUGGUUCGAGGCCCCCAAACGGGCCCGCCGGAGGAAACAGUCAGUGGCGGGUUAGCUGGGUCCUCAGCCCAGGCAACCGUGAGCUCUUUGAACGAGUCUAAAUUGGGCAGAGAAAGGAAGGGGGCCGGAAUAUCCGGAUUGCGCGGGACUGAACCGGGAGGCGCAACUGAGGGCAGUGACGCAGUUGCUCAAGGAGGGGGAGAAGAAGCAGGGGGAAGGACGAGCCGUUCGGUGGUCAGUGGUCCAGGCCAUGUUGCUCUGGAUGUCACAGAGAUUGAAAGCCAGGGGAGGGCGCCAGGGUCAGCGUCUCCGCAGGUGUACCUGUCGGGCGCUGCAGAAACAGAAACAGAGAGUGUGAGGCCGUCGGGGCGCGGCGGGAAGGGGGCGUCGGGUGGGGAAGAGACGGGCCAGAGUGGCAGGGUGAAUGAGCAGACCGGAGGUUUGCGGACUGAGGCGGUUGCAGAGGGGGAACGCUCCGCGCUCGGAGGAAGCGGAGACGGAACCUCAGGACAGCAAAGCGCGGUGGAAUUGGGGGGUGACGUAGCUGCUGAGGUCAGCGGGCGAGGCUCGCAGGAGGAGGUGCCACCUAGCAACGAGGAAGCAAGCGACGUGACGUUGGAGAGGCUGAGGGCGGCGGGGGUCGACGUGAGCGCCCUUUUCUCCAGUGAGGGGGGCGGAGCUGGUGUCGAAACCAUGGGGGGUAUCGCGGUGGGCUCAGGGCCGGGGGAUCCCCUUGGGGUCGGGGGUUUGGCAGGGGCGCUGGUUGAGAAGGUGAGGGGGUUAAGAGUUGAUCCUGACGCGCUUUUUGCGCCUGUGAGGGAGGUCAUCCCAACGGCUGAAUUUGAGAAGGCGUUGGAGGGAGCGAGGGAGGCGGUGCGAAGCUCAGGGGCUGUGACGGGAUUGGAAAACUUGCGGGCGUCGGUGGCUGAAAAUGGCUUGGAGGGUCUGACGCAAGAGGUGGCUGAGAGCUGGGGAAAGCAGGGCCUUCCGAUACAGCUGGGAAUAGGGGCCGCCUUUUUGGUCGUUGUCGCGAGUGUGGUUGCUGCGCUUUGGGGAGCGUGGGAGGGGGUGACAGGACAGGAUGGAACAGCAAGUGAAAGUCUUUCAGAGCAAGGCGAGUCGUGGACCGGAAGAAAGCCGAGUCCGAACAACGUAAGGCAGACUGGCUCAGGAGAGCCCUCCACAAGAAGUGGUGAAUUUGUGAGAGAUGCUGCAGUGACGGGGGGAAAGGAAAUGAGAGUCGACGGCGCUGGAUACACCAGUGCUGGGAAAGGGACCGGGGGCGGAAGGGCUGAAGAACGGUGGCUUCGGAGUCGGCCGGACGUCAGCAGAGCGGCAGCUGACGUCAGUGAGGGAGCAGUCGCCAGUGGCGGGAAGGUGCUCUGGGUACGGGGGGAGGAGCCGGAAGUUGCUGCACUGAUGGAAAGGGCGCGGCGUACGGCAACAGCUAGAGCAAGCGAUAGGCAGCGAGGAAUCAAAGUACAGGGCAGUAGGCGAGAAGUGCAAGUUGGAGAAAGGGUUGGGGUGCAGGGCUUGAAGGAGACGGGAAUGGGGGAGGGCCGUGAACGGGAGGUUGCUGAUGUUAGGAGACCAGAUAAUGGAACGGAGAAGCAGGUCGGAGGUCUUGCUGACCUCAUGAGAGCGGAAGAUGGAAUGGAGAAGCAGGUCGGAGGCGUGCCUGCAGGAGCGAACAGGCGUUCGCAAACCACCGGCCCGCUUUUUCAGGAGCGAAACGCAAGAGUUCUCGAAGGGGCAGUUCAGCCGUCCAGUAACGGCGCGGUCGCUCCUCGUGAGAAGCCGCUCGAAGCGGGGGGUGUAACGCCGGAGGCACGGGAGCUGGGGAGCGUUACGCAGCUGCUGAGCAGGAGGCGGCCGAAGAGGGGCGGCGGGGGGCUGGAGUUGCUGAGCAACAGGGGGAGGGUUCUAGGGAACGGCCAUUUGUCUGGGGAAGAUGGCGGGAGCAGUUUCGGGGUCCAGUCACCUUCAGAGGGUGCGCGACAUGCAAACGGGGAGUCUGCAGCGGUUGAAAAGCGGAGACGAAGUGGGGUAUGGGGGCAGAAAGGAGCCUCCAGUCGCCGAACUGGAGAAAGCGCCGAGGGUCAGGAACGGGAAGGGGUUUCUUUGCCGGGGGCCAUGGAGAACGGGAGCCGUGGGGGCGUGGCUGUCUGGGAAGGAAAGAGGGAGCAAAUGGAACGGAAUUUGGGAGAGGGAAGCGGAAGGGAAGCGGAAUACGGGGUACGAAACCGGGGAUCCGGGAUGAGAGAAGAAGGAAGCGCCUCGGGGGAGCUCGGAAAGGGGUUUGUCUCCGUUGACAUGUAUGGUGCUUCUGGGGGGUUGGGGGGGGGCCGACGAACAGGCCCCCCGAGGCAGGAAGAACGCGCUCGGGACAAGGAGAGGGGAGUCGGGGAAAGAGACUUCAGCGAGGAUGUUGAGUUCAGUUUGGGACAGCGCAGGUUUAAAAGCGGACCCCACGAUUUGCACCGUAGACGGGCAAGGGAAGGGCCUUCUCGCGGGCUGCAGUUCUUUGAGAGGGCGACCAAGGCAGAGCGUUUGGGGCCACGUGGGUCGCCUUCCCUGGCAGCGGCGUCCGAAGGACGGCGCUACUUGCAACCUGUCGUGCUGGGUAAAGACGACGGUCGGUUGCGAUUGGAGGGAGAGCUGCACCAUUCGGGGGGUUCAGCAGAGCACUUGGUAGAGGAGGAGGGGAUGAGUUCGGUCGGGGCUUCGAAGGUGUCUGAGGAAAAAGCAGCACGAGCUGAGCCGUUGCCACGUGUCAGGCAAGCGGGCGAGCGGGAAGCUGGCAAGGUGAUUGAUCGGGCGGUGUUCACGCUUGAAAGUACGGGAGAUGGUCAGACGGGCAGGCGGUACGUUCGCCCAACUCUGGAAGCGUCGAGAGAGGGUGGAGGGAGGCGGGGUUUAGAAGAUGACGUGGCGCUGAUGUCGGAGAUCUCUGCGCUUGAGGGUCGAGAAGGUCCACAGUUUGAUUCUCCACCAGCCGAGGCAAGGAUGACGUCAGCUGGUGCAAGCGUGACUUCAGGAGGAACGAGAUUGGCGGCAGCGGACGCAAGCGCCCCAGCAGCACCGCGUCGUACUGCUUACUCGGAGAUGCCACGUAGAGCAGAACACCACUCGACAGUCAGCUCCAUGGUUGGGAGGGAGGCUGUGGACAAUAUCGGAAUGGAAGGAGUGUCGGCAAGCGGUUUCCGGCAACAAUUUGAUCCGCAGACUGUUGCAGCAGAUAAGAGGGGCAACAGCGAGCACACUGAGGACGAUUGGCGAGAAGCGUUUCGCCAUUCGCGGCGGGUUAUGCGGGUUGACAGGGACGUGCUGAACUAGUGGACAGAAGCAAGUGCGAUCAUUGUUCUGAGUAACAGCACUCAAUACAAAACGCUAGAGGACAGUAGUUGCAAUUCUCUCACGAAAAUCAUGCACACUCAUGUCUGGACAGCAUGCUGCAAAUCAAGGAACUUUCAAGCGUUUAAAGACCA